GGUGGCCCAGCAUAUUUUGCCGACCGGUUAUAACCGACCCGUUUAUGAACCGCUUUGAUCCGUAAACAAAACCCAGAUUGCAGGCCAUUUUCUCCAUAUAUGCCCAGCAACCCAUUCAAAAUUUGCUCCGAACUCUUUUACUUGGACCCGCGCCUAAAUUUCCUUGUGAACUUGGGAUUACAAAGCUUCCAAUUGGGUCUCUGCUGCCAUAUAAAUUCCACAAGGAAACGAUUCACCAUGCUGCAAGCAAUGGUAUGAGAACCUUAAGGAGAUACAAGGAAGGAUUGUUUAACAGUAGCACAGCUCAGAUAUAUUAUAGAAAAUUCUCAGCCAUUGGCAAUGCUAAAGCUGAUAGACCCAGAGACCAAGAAUGCCUUGUUUGGUUGGGCACAAGUGCCACUCAUAUAUCGCUUUUGCAUCAAAUCUUGCAAAGUAGUGCAAGAACAGGUGCACCUAUGGAAGGAAAGGCCUGCCAUGCACAGAGUAUUCGUGUUGGAUUACAAUCGAACACUUUAACGUCUAACAUGCUUAUUAACAUGUAUUCAAAAUGUGGCUUCCAUAAUUGCGCUAGAAAAGUGUUUGAUGAAAUGCCUGAAAGGAGCUUAGUUUCAUGGAAUACUAUGAUUGGGUCACUUGCCCGGAAUGGGGAGGAACAAGAAGCUCUUAGUGUUUUCGUACGUAUGCAAAGAGAAGAAAACCAAUUUAGUGAAUUCACUGUUUCAAGUGUUCUUUUCGCUUGUGCUGUGAAAUGUGCUGUGUCUGAGUGUAAACAGCUUCAUGCUUUUGCUAUUAAGGUAGCAAUGGUUUUGAAUGUCUAUGUGGGGACUGCAUUGCUUGACGUUUAUUCAAAGUCUGGAUUGAUAAAGGAUGCAAGUUUUGUUUUUGAGUCGAUGCCAGAGAGGAGUGAUGUCACGUGGAGUUCAAUGGUUGCUGGGUAUGUGCAAAAUGGGCUCUAUGAGGAGGCUUUGGUGUUGCUCCACAGAGCUCAAAUGAUAGGACUAGAACAUAACCAGUUUACAAUCUCUUCUGCUAUUUGUGCUUGUGCAGGUCUGGCAGCUUUGAUAGAAGGGAAGCAGGUGCAUGCAUUGUUGUUUAAAACUGGAUUUGGUUUAAAUAUCUAUAUCGUUUCCUCUCUGAUAGACAUGUAUUCAAAAUGUGGUAGCAUUGGAGAAGCAUACACUGUGUUUCAAGGUAUGGAGGACAGGAACACUGUUUUGUGGAAUGCCAUGAUUUCUGGGUUUUCUAGACAUGCUUGCUCCCUAGAGGUGAUGAUCUUAUUUGAGAAAAUGCAGCAGACAGGUAUGCUCCCAAGUGAAGUAGCGUAUAUAUCUGUAUUAACUGCUUGUAGUCAUAUGGGAUUGGUUGAAAGUGGAAGGAAAUAUUUCAACCUCAUGAUAACAGAACAUAAUGUGUCCCCAAAUGUUGUUCACCAUGCAUGCAUGGUUGAUAUUUUAGGUCGGUCAGGGUUGAUUCUUGAAGCCCAUAAUUUGAUUGAGAAUAUGCCAUUUGAUGCUACUGCUUCUAUGUGGGGUUCACUGUUAGCUUCUUGUAGGAUCCAUGGAAAUUUUCAUUUAGCUGAGAUAGCAGCUAAGCACUUGUCUGAGAUAGAACCGAACAGUGCAGGGAACCUCAUUUUGUUGUCAAAUAUUUAUGCAGCAAAUAAUAAGUGGGAGGAGGUUGCAAGAACAAGGAAGCUUCUUAAAGAAAGUGAGUUGAAGAAGGAAAGAGGGAAGAGUUGGAUUGAAAUCAAGGACAAAGUUCACUCAUUUAUGGUUGGAGAGAGAAAACAUCCCAGAAUUUCUGAGAUAUACUCUAAGUUAGACCAAUUGGUGGAAGAAUUAAGGAUGAUGGGUUACAAGGCUGAGAUUGAACAUGAUCUUCAUUAUGUCGAAGAGAGCAGAAAACAUGAACUUCUGAGGCAUCAUAGUGAAAAACUUGCUUUUACUUUUGGGUUGAUGUGCUUACCCUCCACUGCACCUAUCAGGAUCAUGAAGAAUCUUAGAAUUUGUGGGGAUUGUCAUUCUUUUAUGAAGAUCGCAUCAAGUUGUUUGGGGAGGGAAAUCAUUGUCAGGGAUGCUAAAAGGUUUCACCAUUUCAAAAAUGGUUUUUGCUCUUGUCGGGAAUUUUGGUGAAAUACUUGUGCUCCAUUAUGUAACUGACUACUUACUGUUAGCAUUUUGUGCACUUUCCUAGUUGUUGCUGAGCAAAGGGUGCGAAAAAUAUUCAUUUGAUGACUAUUAAUCCAAUAGUCUGGAUAUGAGAGACGUAUGUGUCGAAGUUUAGGAACUAGGUAAUAGUAUCCCGAUCAAAAAGCUGAUGAAGGGGGCAAGGGAAACAGGGAGUCUACUGGAUAGGCAAGUAGUGGACACAUUAAGCCCAAAUGUGGUGGUCAGGUUAGUCAAAGAUUUCAUUUUACCAAAUUCAAUGUUGUCAGACUAGUCAAUGUUUAUAUGUUUCGAUGAUAUCCUGCAUCAAGAAGUGGUCUUAAAGGGGUAUUAUGUCUGAGAAAAUUAUGGGACCCUUGCAUUUGGAGUCAAUGAAGGGCAGGCUUUGUGAAAGAUCUAAUUUUACCAAGUUCAUUGUAAGUCAGAUUAGUCAACAGACAUUUUGAUGCAAUUUUGCACUAAAACAGACAUUGCAAGAAAAUGUGGGAAUUUAAAGGAAAUGAAGAUGGUUUGCCUUUCUUUUUCUCUCCUUUAUUAUGACUAUUAAAUGAUCCAGCAAGAUUAUUUCUUCAUGACUACUUGAGUAUUCUAAGCAUAAAAGCUAUCGCUGUAGCUAGGAUCAUAAUGUUAAUAAUGUUGGUUUGCAUUUUUUGCUUUUGUGGUCUGUAGGAUUAAUUUCUUCUAUUAUUGGAUUGAUGUCAGGCUCUGAAAAGGAAAUACAAUGCAUAGACAUGUGGUCUGUAGGAUUGCUUUCUUAUAUUCCUACUCCAUGUUCUGUGUUUCAGAGAUAUAAUUUUUUUUUGGUUUCUCUUUUCUUUCUGUACCUGAUGAACCAAUCUAGUUGGUAGCAUUCUUAUUGAAAGAACAGCGUUUGAUAGUUGGAAGGUCUGGACUGAAGAACUGUUUGAUGAAGAUCUCAGUUUGUAAAGACUUUGAUGGUAUCUGGAGUACAAACCAUAUCACCAAUGACCUCUCCAACUUGUCCAUUCACUCUGAAUACCAAGGAUCAGACACUGUCUCCACUGCAAAUGGUUAAUGACUCCCCCAUAAUCCAUGUUGGCAUAUACUGCCUCACCAACCAAUCUAGGCUCCUCUGCACACAGCUUUGUGAAGCUUUUGCAAUGACUGUUGCAUGGCCAAAAAUCUCUAUCAAAUUGAUUUACUAAAGGUAAACGCUACUCAAUCCUCAUGCACUUGCAUAAUCUGGUUAAUUAUUAUUUGGAUGUGCGUAUGUAAACAUAUAAGAAUGUACUUGAUCAUCGCUUGUGCAAACGUAAAAUGUUAUAAGUUACUAUAACACAAAGAACUAAAUCAACUUUUAUAUAUGAUAUGACAUUUAAUAGUGACUUUUGGUACUAUUGAUAUUCUCGCCAUUUGCAAGCAUUCAUGUUGGUACUGUUGGAAAUGCCUAGGUGCAUAUGGUGUCUGUAUUCUAAAGGCAGGUUUUGUAAGAAACUUCCCUCUCUAGUUUGUGUCAAAAUACUGAUUCUGGAGUUUGAAGUUUCAUACGGAUCGAGUAUUCCUUUGUUGUCUGUUUUUCAGUAAUAUUCAGUUUCACAUUCUUGGGUCCAGCUCUUAUUUGCCUGUCUAUUUCCAUGUUACAGGCAAAAUUCUUGUUAUCACGAUGAGAAUGUCAUCUGUUGGUUGUCAUAUUGCCUAAUUGUUUAUUUUGUACUUGACAGUGUCAAAUAGUAUUCAAGGCUAGCAAAGGUAGCAGAGCGUCUUUCUAGAGACGGCUUAUGCUCAGACUCAGCUCGAUCACGACGAUACCAUGUCGAGCUAUGUAUUUAGGGUAGUUAUAUACACUCAGACUGCAAUAUGACAUUUUUGACUUCUGUAAAUGCUUAAAGCAUUUCCAACAGCUUCAUUUCCUUAUUUGCAAAUUAUAUUUACAAAAUUAAUGAAGUUAUUGGAGAUGCUCUUAAUUUUGUUUCCUUCCUUACUGAGCUAAGUUUGAUGAUGAUUCUCUCGUUCUCAUAAACCAGCUACCUCUUUUCUUUUUCUUUUUAAUAAGAAAUAAUAUUUAUCAAGAAACAGUAACUUAAACAAAUUAAAGAAAUGAGCGCGGUGCAGCUAGAUAUGAUGGAGGCCAACAGGAUUCCUCUGCUGGAGAUGUCGGGGCAUUGCGGCGUCCUAUUGUUGACGGUGGUAGGCAGGUCUAUGGCAUGCGGGUUGGCGGGUCGGCGACAUUUAGCCCGCCAACUAGUUGGUGUUGCGGCGGCGGCAUUGGUUUUCUGGAGAAGGCAGGUGUUGGGCUUCUUGCUGCUCUCAUUUGGGAUAUUUUCGAUAAGUACCUUUAUUUUUAGGGAGCUAGGCACUUUUUUGGUACAUUCUAUGUGUUUCUAGCGAAUCAUCUGAAGUAGUAUCAAAGGAGAAUUUAAGUUAUAUCUAUGAAUUUGAUGUCUAAUGGGUUGACUAGAAAUAAUCGCUGUAGAUACUACCACAACUUUUUGAUCUGUCUAUAGAAGGCAGGUGGAGGGUAUGUAAUGAUCAUU